AUGCCUUCAGCUACGGGUGCAAACUGGGAGAAGCACACCAAAGAGUUCGCAGAUGACGAGGUCGAGGAGAAGAAGAUCGUACCUCUCACCGAUGAGGAUAUCCAAGUUCUGAAGACGUACGGUGCGGCACCAUACGGAGCAGCGCUGAAGAAGCUUGAACAGCAGAUCAAAGAGAGGCAAGCAAGCGUGAACGAGAAGAUUGGAGUGAAGGAAUCAGAUACUGGAUUGGCCCCGCCCCAUCUUUGGGACGUUGCCGCAGACAGACAACGAAUGUCCGAGGAGCAGCCUCUACAAGUUGCGAGAUGUACGAAGAUAAUCCAGGAUGACAAGGAAGCCGAGAAGAGCAAAUAUGUUAUCAACGUCAAGCAAAUAGCCAAGUUCGUGGUCAAUCUCGGGGACCGAGUCAGUCCGACGGAUAUUGAAGAGGGAAUGAGAGUUGGUGUCGAUCGAAACAAGUACCAGAUUCUACUACCCCUUCCACCGAAGAUCGAUGCCAGUGUUACGAUGAUGACUGUUGAGGAUAAGCCGGAUGUUACAUAUGGAGACGUGGGAGGAUGCAAGGAACAGGUCGAGAAGCUCCGCGAAGUCGUAGAGAUGCCGCUUCUGUCGCCAGAGCGAUUCGUCAACCUAGGUAUCGAUCCCCCGAAGGGUGCGCUUCUCUACGGGCCUCCAGGAACCGGAAAGACACUUUGCGCCAGAGCCGUUGCCAACAGAACCGAUGCUACCUUUAUCCGGGUUAUUGGAAGUGAGCUAGUUCAAAAGUACGUUGGAGAGGGAGCAAGAAUGGUCAGAGAGCUUUUCGAGAUGGCCCGGACCAAGAAGGCUUGCAUCAUCUUCUUCGACGAAAUUGAUGCCAUUGGAGGUGCCCGUUUCGAUGAUGGAGCUGGUGGAGAUAACGAGGUCCAGAGAACCAUGCUGGAGUUGAUUACACAGCUGGAUGGUUUCGAUGCGCGAGGAAAUAUCAAGGUCAUGUUUGCUACCAACAGACCCGCGACCUUGGACCCUGCUCUCAUGAGGCCCGGACGUAUCGACCGAAAAAUCGAGUUCUCUCUUCCAGAUCUCGAGGGGCGUGCCAAUAUCCUGCGAAUUCACGCCAAGAGCAUGUCCGUGGAGCGUGACAUUAGAUGGGAACUAAUAUCUCGUCUCUGCCCCAACUCAACUGGUGCUGAGCUUAGGAGUGUUUGUACAGAGGCUGGCAUGUAUGCCAUCCGUGCCAGAAGGAAGGUCGCGACUGAGAAGGAUUUCUUGAGUGCAGUGGAGAAGGUCAUCAAGGGGAACAUGAAGUUUAGCUCCACCGCUACUUACAUGCAAUACAACUAA